GUGAAAGUGACAAGCAGUUUGCGUCUGGAUUAGUUGUCUUUUUAUCAUUUGCAUUUCUUCCUUCAUAUUUUUAUGUAAAGACUAUUUUUCUCACAUAAAUGUUCGUUGCCGCCUAAUUUUCAUGUUUUUGCAAAAAGGACGAUAUUUUUACAUGCUCACAUGUUGUGAACCGAGGGUGGUUAUAGUUGUUCUUGCACUCCAGUAGUUUGCACCAUGUUUUAUUUAUAAGUUUUUAAAAGCUGAUUUGUAUAUGGGAGGCAUUCUCACUGUUUAUGGUGAGGGCGUUUCCUAAGAGACAGUUAGAUUAGACGAUUCUAACUAAGAAAAGUGUAGUGAAAUUAAUAGCAUUGCUUUGUUAUGUAAAUAUCAACAAUAUGGUGUGUCGAAGUAUCUAUUUCGUAAAUAUUUGAUAUGCAAUGUCAACCCGUGCACGCACGGAUCAAAGUCUAGUUAGGAGAACUAUUAUGGAAAAUAAAAAAAAAUCAUCGGAAUAAAGUCAGAUUGAAUGUAUGGAAAUUUUUAUUUUGAUAAGAUUAAAAUAAUAUAUUAUAUCAAUAAAGAAAAAAAUUUCUAUAUUAUCAUCUUGUUAAAUCGAUCGGGCAAUAUUAAAAAAAUAUAAAUCGGAAUCAAAGCGUUCAAAUCAACCUCACCUCAUUAUUAAAGCGCACAAACCGUUCACAAAGCGUGUAGGUAUAUUAAGCAAAACGUACCGUAAAAGAUGCGAACCGUACCGUGCAAUAAACGACACGUACCGUUCAAGAAACAAACGGUACCGUUCACAAAUCGAACCGUACCGUAAAAGUAGCGAAACGUACCUUAAAAAAGCGUACUGAACCAAAGUGUGCAAACUGGUGCAGUAGUACGUUUCAGGGUCUGUAGUUGAAUUCUAAUGUAGUUUUGUAUAAUUAUGUAAUACCUACAUGUACAUGUAUGCUUUUAAAAAAAAACUCCUAUCUAAUCAAUUUUGAUAGUUAAAGCAUAGAAGGAAGAGAUGACUCAUAAGUUUACCCACGUGUGGGGUUUAAUAUUACAACAUUUUUCGCCAAGCGGUCAUUCUAUGAUCUAUCUGGACACAAUCCGCAAUGAAUGAUUCUUUGACCUCUGUAAAGUUAUCCAAUGGAUUACAGAUGCCUUCUGUUGGACUAGGAACAUGGCUGAGCCUGAAGGACGAGGUGAAAACUGCGGUCCGUUCGGCUCUGGACUCUGGAUACCGACACAUAGACACCGCCUACAGUUACAAGAACGAAGACGCCAUCGGAGAAGAACUCCAGGAAUACUUGAAGAACGGGAAAGUCAAGAGGGAAGACUUGUUUAUCGUUACCAAGCUUGGAUUGAUUCAUAUGGAACCAAAGCAGGUCAGGAGGUCCAUUGAGAUGAGUCUGAAGAAACUGCAGCUUGACUACGUAGACCUCUACCUAAUCCACUGGCCUGUAACAUUGGAGUAUGAUGGUGACGACGAAAAUGUCUUUCCUUUAACUGAGGAUGGAAAAAUGAAGACAGCUGAGAAAUCGGAUCUUUUGGAAACAUGGAAGGCUAUGGAAGAACUUGUCGACUUAGGGCUGACAAAAUCCAUCGGUGUGUCCAACUUCAACAUUUCACAGGUUGAAAGAAUUUGCAAGAUCGCCAAACACAAACCAGUGAUCAACCAGGUGGAAUGUAACAUCUACUGGCCACAAAAUGAGUUGUUUGAAGCUUGUAAGAAGCUGGGCGUGACAAUUACUUCCUAUGCUUCAUUCGGCUCGCCCGGAAGACCUGGCGAAUAUAAAGAAACGGAAGAACCAAAACCAAUGGAAGACCCUAUCAUUCAAAGAAUUGCUAAGAAGCACGGUAAAACUCCCGCACAGGUUCUGCUAAGAAAUCUCUUACAAAGGGAAAUGAUUGUGAUCCCAAAGAGCGCUUCCCCUGAAAGAAUACUGACUAACAUUCAGGUCUUUGAUUUCAAUCUUACAAAAGAAGAAAUGGAUGAAAUAAAAGGCAUCACUGUUAAACACAGCUUCUUUAAUUUCUUGGGCCACUUGUGUGGAAAUCAUCAGGAACGCCCGUUUUAAAUCAUCUAUUUUGACUGUAUUUGCUUUUAAGAUAUUCGAAAAUAAUACUAUAUAUUUACAUUUUCCAGUGUCUUUGCCUGUGAUAACACUACGUAUCGAUUUUGUACUAUAUAACCCAUAAUACAAAUGACGCCAAAUCGAGGCGCCAGCAGA